AUGCAAAGCAAGCUACAAAGUGACGAUCUUGCCCCUCCAGGCGCGGCGGCAGUCACACCAACCCAUAUACUCAAAUCCAAAUCCACAUCCAAAUAUAACUCCCCAGACUUAUCUCGCCUCGAAGCCGAAGCUUCUAGCUCACUCCCGCUAAACAAAGUUCAAAAACCCCGCAGGCAAAGACGCCUUCUUGCCCCCCGUUCCCGGUCCCUGACAUUCAAAGAAAAGGUUAUACUUUUGAACCUCUGCGUGGAGCUGAAAGGGCUUGUCGUUACAUCAAAAGGAAACGGAACAUUUUGGCAGGCUGUCUCUUUUGCGUUUGUCGAAUCACAGUGCUGGCCAACGGCCUAUAAUUGGCAGACAGCGAAGGUCUUUGUUGAAAAUGCGAUGGCCAAACGGAGGGCUGAAUUGCAGGUGGAUGGUAAGUCUAGACCAACGUUGGAAUUGGAGAUAGAGGCGAGGCAAAGGAGCGUUGAUGCCAAGGAUAUUCUGGUAAUGAAUGAGUAUCUUGAUCAGCUGAUUAAAAAGUGGGAUGAAGUUGAUGGGAUUGUUGGUGUCACGGACGGACAUGAGAACGGCAAUAACAAUGGAAAUGAGAAUGAGAAUGGGACUGGCAUGAAGGUGUGA